UGAAAGGAUUGGAUUUGGGGGAUUACUGCAUUUAAACUUUGACAGAUUCUGUGGAGAUUUGGUUGCGUUUUUGUUGAAGAACUUUAGACCAAUUUCAGGACAGCUACAACUUGCCAAUGGUGAGCUGCUAGAUAUUGAAGAUGAAGAUGUCAAAGCUGUAUUUGGUCUGCCAAAGGGAAAGAUAGAAGUUCAAGAAGCGAAUGCGAAGAAUGAAACUGAAGAGUAUACCCAACUGCUACAAGAAUGGAGAGAAGAAUGGGGGAUUGAUAAAGGAAGCCCUCAAACAUAAAAAAUGAUUGAAAAAAUAGUUGCAGAUACUGACUCUGGAGACAGAUUCAUCAGAAACUUUGUGGUCUUUACAGUCUCUUGCCUGAUCAGAGGAAACCAGAGUGUUAACAGCAAUUUUAAAAUAUUGAUGUCUUUGGUUAAUGUAGCUGAUAUACCAAACAUGAAUUGGUGCAACUACACAAUAAGAUCGUUGAUGGAUGCAGGCGAGGAAUGGCAAACUAAUCAAUCAAAGAUGUUCAGUGGACCAUUACUGUUUCUAAUGAUAUGUUACUUUGACCGAGUACAAUUCAAAGGCCAAAUUAUGCAGAGUGCUUAUCCAACCAUUAGAAUCUGGGACAAGGAGAGAAUUGACAAAAGAGUCAAAGAUGAGAGAAAGGUGGGCUUUGGUCUGGGAAAGGUGACAAAGCGAAUAAUAACAGUCGAAGAGGAAGACAAAGAUGAAGAGGAAGCAGGAAAAGAAGAUGAAGAAAAUGAAGAUGCUGAAAUGUUGUCAAAGGAGGAUUGUGUGAAGGAGAUUAUAGCUGUGGCACAAAAGUUUAGUGAUGCUUUUGUGGAAUUCUCAAAGUUGCCGUCAACCAUUGCAAAAAAGUUCCCAAAUUCUGAUAUCUUGAAGAAGAUAUACUUGACCACAGCUGAUUACUUCAUCAAUCAAGCAAAUGGAAAUCAAGCAAAAGGAACUCAACGAUUAUCAGAGAAGUGUGUCCUUGAGGAAGAUGAUGACUUCUUUAAUGAGCCUGGAGUUAUGGAAGCCCUUGAAAAACUAGAGAAAGCAGCAUUCCUGAAAUUUUCAAUGCCUUCAUUUGACAUAGGAAUUGAGUUUAACAUGUCACAGGGUGAAGGCACAUCAAAAGUGGAUGUAGAAGCUGCGAAGACUGAAACUGCUCCUGAUGUACAAGAUGUGAUGACUGAAACUGUUGAUGGAGUGGAAGAUGUGAUGAUUGACACCAUUGCUGGAAUGACUGAAACUGUUUCUGUUGAUGGAGAAGUGAAUGGUAAUGUUGAAGUGGCUGAAGUGGCUCAAAUGGCUGUUGAGGAAGAAGUGACUGGAGAUGAUGGAGAAGUAAAUAAGGAAAUUGAUAAUAAGUCAGAGUAAGUUUUAUUUUUUUCUUAUGUAAUUCAUCAAUACUUUUAACUAAUAAAAUAAACUUAACAUUAUAUUAUUUUUUACAAAGGAGUGUUGGUCUAAAGCCAUAUACCAGAAAGAGAAAGCUUCGAAAGUUAGGUGAUUCAAUUGUCAAUUACAGAUCACCUUUUCUGAAGAAUAAUAGAAGGCUAUGCAAGGAAUUUAGCAGAGAUGAAAAGAUUGUUCUUGAUUGGGGAUUCUCAAAAGAAGUUGAAAAGUAAGAAAAACUAAUAUUAUAUAAUGUAUUAUUUCAAUAUAAAC